CUGCUGCACGGCCGGGCUGUGUACGAUGCAGAGCCCGGUGGACACAACCUUGCCAGUUUCUCCAAUGUCUCCUCUGUGAGCCUGCCUGACAGCCUCGUCGGCGCCCCUUCGGUGCAGGAGGUUGUGGGCCCAGAGGCGAGCCAAUUCUUGGAGCAGAACUACGAGCGCAUGCUGCGCACCUCGACGGACUUUUUGGAGCGACAGGAGUCGCUGCCCUCUAUAACUCCCUAUUGGGACCCUGUGCUUUCUCGCAGCCGCCGCAAGUUUCUGCGGCUGAUGCGGGCGCUUCUGCGGAUUGGACUGGUCGCGCUUUUGCCAGCUGGUUCGGCGCAGGAGCACGUCGGUAUGUUCUUUGUGAAGAAGCGGGUGAGCAUCGUAUGGCUAAUGUUCCUGGUCUUCGUGAUUCUGUCCUCCUUCGCGAUCGUGGUCGGCCUGGGGUCUUCAGGUUUGCUGAGAAAAGGCGAGGACGAGAAGGGGGGGCUCGUCUUGGAGGGCUCCGGGAUAUGUCACUACAUCUACGUUGACAAUCUGGGUGUUCUCUCUUGUGAUCCCUCUCAUACCUCGUCCAUCCUGUCCGACGCGGCGGCUCGUUUCGAGAGCGUUGGGCUCGUGACCCACGAGCACGAGGUGAGUGCCACUUCGUCGAAGGCCCUGGGGGCCCACAUAGACCUCGAGGGCCUUAGAGUUUCUCUUGCGCCCGCUCGACUGUGGAAGGUGCGCCAGGGUGUUCUGUAUGCCUUGUCGUGUCGGAAGCUGUCUGGACGUGUCUGGGAAGCGCUGCUGGGCCACCUCGCCUUCUGCGCGCUGAUCAAUCGUAGCAUGAUGAGUGUCUUCAGGAGUAUCUAUGCCUUCAUAAAUAAGUACUACGCUACCCCUAUGCCGCUGUGGGACACCGCUAGGCAGGAGAUGCUGACCGCUGCCUCCCUCCUGUUCCUGAUGGAUGCCUCGUGGACGCUGCCCUGGUCCCCUGGUGUCGUGGCCACGGACGCUUCGGAGGGGGGGUUCGGGGCCACUGUCUCAGAGUGGGACCCUCAGGACGUCUCGGAGGUGGGGGGGAUCCUGGAGAGGGGCCGCUUUCGGAAGCUUCCUGGAGUUUCUGCCCGGUCGAGGUUUUUCGGGAGUCUUGAGGAGCUUGGAUCUGAGGCGGACGAGGGGGAGUUCGACAGGCCGUAUGAUGUGGACUCUAGCUUCCCGGAGGUCCCCCACAAGCUGCUCUCGCAAGCCCACUGGAGUACCCUUCUGGCGGGCCCCUGGAAGUACUUUGACGAGGGCAUUUUCACCUUGGAGGCUAGGGCCCUGGUCCUGGGAUUUCAGGCGCUGGUGAGCGAGUGCCAAGUCAGGAUCGCGAGGGUGCUCUUCUUGGUUGAUAACAUGGGGGUGUGUCUAGCCUUCGCUCGGGGGCGCACCACGGACUUCAGGAACCUGGUGACGUUCACGCCGGCGCCCGCGACUGGCAGGGCGACCCGGGCCCGCUGUCUGGCGUCCGGGGACGCGCUGGUGGCGAAGCUGGAGCAGGCCCCGAAGGAGAAGGAGCAACGGACGCUCGACGAGUUGAGCGACGGAGAGGUGACAGACAAGGACGACGAGAGCGACGCGACCUCCGACACCGUGAAGGUUCAAGUGCGGCCGGCUCGCCGAGUGCGAGUCUUGGCGGCCCCGCGGGUCGGGCGAGCGCGCCAGCCGGUGGAGGCGAAGCGGCUGCAGGGGCUGGGUCUUCUGCCGCUGGAGUCGAGCGCGGUUCAGUGGACGACGGAGACAGACUACUACGACGCGGUGAACGCCUGGCGGGCUCGAGCCCGCGAGCUGGGCGAGCCUCUCGGCGUGGCUGCCGAGGUGGGCGCGUCGGUGGUGCGGCAGCUGCAAGAGCUUUUCGACCAAGGCGAGAACCUCAGCAAGGGCGAGAAGCUCGUGGCCGGGCUGGAGCACUUCCUGCCCGAGUUCGGGCGGCAUGGAGGCCUUCAUCUUUCCCGGUGCUACCGGGCUCUGAAAGGCUGGAGACGCCGCUGCCCGCCACGAUCGCGCCGCCCCCUGGCCUUCAGCAUCUGGGCAGCCAUCAUCUGGGAGCUGUGCCGCGCGAACUUCUGGAACAUGGGGGUGUACACGCUGUUCAUGCUGGUGACCUACAUGCGGCCCUCGGAGCCCCUGAAGCUGCUGAAGGAGGACCUCCUCGCCCCGGCGCAUGGGCUCUCUGCCUCGUGGAUCUGCUUCGCCUUCCGGCAGGGGCGGGGAGCGGCGUCCAAGACGUACGCGACGGACGAGAGCAUCGACCUGAGCUGCAGGUGGGUGCCCUACCUGACGACGGUGGUUGCUGCGCUGCGAGCAGGCGACCCCAAGGCCAAGGUCUUCAACUUCAAGUACAGCAGCUACACGCGCCAGUUCAAGAUCGCCUGCAAGAAGCUGGGGCUGACGGCCGUGCCUUAUCAGGCAAGGCACUCAGGCGCCUCCAUCGACGCCGCCAUGAGGUAUCGCACCCGGGCCGAGAUCAAGAGCAGGGGACGGUGGAAGGCGGGCGAGUCGGUGCUGAGGUACGACAGCAAGGCCAAGAUUGUCGAGAGCGUCGACAAGCUGAGCGCCUCGUUGGCGUCUCACGUGCACAGGUGCGAGCUCCAGCUCGGGCCCCUUUUGUGCGGCCAGAUCGACCCCUCGGCCAUCGCACCGCCCGUCAUCCCGAGCUCGGCCCGCAGGGUCCUCAAGCUCAUUCGGUGCAUCCACGCCCUGGGCAUCCCGUGGGCCGUCGAGAACCCAGCGACGAGUUUACUUUGGUGGGUCCCAGGCUUCAUCCAGUUCGCGAACGAUCCCAAG